CCGGGGCAGUUCAGGGACCUCUCUCCAGUGUUUCCCGAAUACUCGCGCUGUGUCGGGGGACCCUGAAAAUUAGCGCCUUAAAAUAACCCCUGUGUCCUGCACCCACGGCCGUUAAAUGUGGCCCCGGAACUUGAGCGUGAAUACGAGCGUUAAAGGGGCUCCUAGAGAUGCUCAGAUUCAACCACCUCGUCCCAGCCUGUCUGUCUCUGAUGGGGAGCAAUGCUGAGACGGGGGUGGAUCCCGCCCUGGGAGGUCUUGGGGAGGAUCACCUGUUUGCAGACGGGCCUGCGCCAGGAGGAGGCAGCCGCCGCGCGCCGGCCCUAAGACGCUGGCUUGAAAUUGACUGGGGAGACCUUUUGGGGAGGCUUCCAGACCCGACAGCCUGCGGGAACCCGGGAGUGGGGAUGUGAGAGAUGAAUAGGGAGUCCCCGAGGCUGGACGAACUUCUCUAAGACGUUUGGACUAGGGGCCAUCGGGGUAUUUUCUUUUUUGAAAGCAGAGUUGUGUGUGUAUGUGUGUGUGUUAAAUAAGGUUUUGAAAAAGUUAUGUAUUUAGAUAUUUUAAAAUAUGAAAUUACCAGUAAAAAAUAAAUCCGCCCUGCCAGCCAUCUUCCUAGGUCCAACCCCCUUACAUAACCAUUUUUGUUAGUUUAUUUGAAUGUGUCCUUUCAGAGUUUGUUUAUGCAAACACUGGCAAAUAUGAAUGUUAUUUCCGCCCCCCCCCUUUUUUUACGCAGGUGAUAACUACAAAUGUUUUGCCCCUUCUUUCCACUUUAUCCUAGAAAUCAUCAAAACACAAAGAUCUUUUCAACAGUAUUGAGAUACUGGAUUGGCUGUUCUUUGGAUGUUCUGUAAUUUUUUACAUAUAUUUGGGGAAUUUGGGUUGGUCCCAAUUUUUUCCUCCGUGGUGCAUUCGACAUUAUACUCAGGUAUAUCCGAGCAAGGGUUUUUAGAGAUGUGAUUAAAUAUCAGUAAUUUUUGGUUUACAUUGAUUAAAUUAUUGGUAGAUUGCUAAAUAUGCCAAGUCAUUAUAUUAACUCAUAGAGUUUUUGAUGAACAAAUAAAACUAUUCUCUCCCAAGGGUUGUUUUUGUGAUAUUGGCCCUUCACUAGUCUAGUAAACUAAUUCUGGUAGUGAUUCUUCAAGCCAGUCCCCACCCCUUUUGCUCAGAAAAAUCUCAACCUCCCUUUCAGACUCUCCUUUGCUUAGGUUAUUCCCCAGGAUGAAUAGAAAUCUCCACUACCAGUGUCACAUUUGAAGACAAGGGGCACUGAAGAUGAGGAAUCAACUGAAAAGUAUAAAAAUGUUGGAAAUGCAGAAUUUGUGUGGCCAAAAGUGGAAGGUCAUCACAAAGAUUAUAUGCAGGAUUCUAAGAUUGGUGAAACUUACGAUUGGGAUAACAAGACAGAAAAUCAGUUGGAAAAAUCUGCGGAAAAAAGAAUGAAGGAAGGGAAAAGUGGAAUCAAGGCAAAAAUUAGCAAAAUCAAAAACACAGCAAAUAUAAAGACAGAAAAGGAAGACGGGGCAUCUGAGAAAAGUUUGUGUCUGAGCUUAAAACAUGUUACUCAACAGACCGUCCCCAUAGAACAGAAAAGCAGUGAGCAGAGCAAAUGUGGAGAGAGCAUUAAUGGAAACUCUCACCCCAGUCUACAGCAGAAAACCAGUGCUGAUAGGAAAUCACAUAAAUGUGAUGAGUGUGGAAAAUCCUUCAAAUAUAAUUCCCGCCUUGUCCAACAUCAGAUCAUGCAUACCGGAGAGAAACGCUAUGAGUGUGAUGACUGUGGAGGCACUUUCCGCAGCAGCUCAAGCCUUCGAGUCCACAAGCGGAUCCAUACUGGGGAGAAGCCUUACAAAUGUGAGGAAUGUGGGAAAGCCUAUAUGUCUUACUCAAGCCUUAUAAACCACAAAAGCACCCAUUCUGGGGAGAAGAACUGUAAGUGUGAUGAGUGUGGAAAAUCCUUCAACUAUAGCUCUGUUCUGGACCAGCAUAAGAGAAUCCACACUGGGGAAAAGCCCUAUGAGUGUGGUGAGUGUGGAAAGGCCUUCAGGAACAGCUCUGGCCUCAGAGUCCACAGAAGGAUUCACACAGGGGAGAAGCCCUAUGAAUGUGACAUCUGUGGGAAAACCUUCAGUAAUAGCUCUGGUCUCAGGGUCCACAAAAGGAUCCACACAGGUGAGAAGCCCUAUGAAUGCGAUGAGUGUGGGAAGGCCUUCAUUACUUGCAGAACACUUCUAAACCAUAAAAGCAUUCACUUUGGCGAUAAACCUUAUAAAUGUGAUGAGUGUGAGAAAUCAUUUAAUUAUAGCUCUCUCCUCAUUCAGCAUAAAGUCAUUCACACUGGUGAGAAACCUUACGAAUGUGAUGAAUGUGGGAAGGCCUUCAGGAACAGCUCAGGCCUUAUAGUACAUAAAAGGAUCCACACAGGCGAGAAACCUUACAAAUGUGAUGUCUGUGGCAAGGCAUUCAGCUAUAGUUCAGGCCUGGCUGUCCAUAAAAGUAUUCACCCUGGGAAGAAAGCCCAUGAAUGUAAGGAGUGUGGAAAAUCCUUCAGCUAUAACUCCCUUCUUCUUCAACAUAAAACCAUUCAUACUGGAGAGAGACCUUAUGUAUGUGAUGUAUGUGGGAAAACUUUCAGAAACAAUUCAGGCCUCAAAGUCCACAGGAGGCUCCAUACUGGGGAAAAACCAUAUAAGUGUGAUGUAUGUGGGAAAGCCUAUAUUUCACGCUCUAGCCUUAAAAACCACAAAGGAAUCCAUCUUGGGGAGAAGCCCUAUAAAUGUAGCUACUGUGAGAAGUCCUUCAAUUACAGCUCUGCCCUUGAGCAGCAUAAGAGGAUUCAUACAAGGGAGAAACCCUUUGGGUGUGAUGAGUGUGGAAAAGCCUUCAGAAAUAAUUCAGGACUUAAAGUACAUAAACGGAUCCACACUGGGGAGAGACCAUACAAAUGUGAGGAAUGUGGGAAAGCCUACAUUUCACUCUCAAGUCUUAUAAAUCACAAAAGUGUACACCCUGGGGAAAAGCCCUAUAAGUGCGAUGAGUGUGAAAAAGCCUUCAUCACAUACCGAACUCUUAUCAACCACAAAAAAAUUCACCUUGGGGAGAAGCCCUACAAAUGCGAUGUGUGUGAAAAAUCUUUUAACUACACUUCACUCCUUUCUCAGCACAAAAGAGUCCACACUAGAGAGAAACCCUAUGAAUGUGACAGGUGUGAGAAGGUCUUCAGAAACAACUCCAGCCUUAAAGUGCAUAAAAGAAUCCACACGGGUGAGAAGCCCUAUGAAUGUGAUGUGUGUGGGAAAGCCUACAUCUCACAUUCAAGCCUUAUUAACCAUAAAAGUACCCACCCUGGCAAGACACCCUACACAUGUAAUGAAUGUGGAAAAGCUUUUUUCUCAAGCAGAACUCUUAUGAGCCAUAAAAGAGUCCAUCUUGGAGAGAAGCCCUUUAAAUGUGUCGAGUGUGGAAAAUCUUUCAGUUAUAGUUCACUCCUUUCUCAACACAAGCGGAUCCACACAGGGGAGAAACCUUAUGUGUGUGAUAGGUGUGGGAAGGCAUUCAGGAACAGCUCAGGACUCACUGUGCAUAAAAGGAUCCACACGGGUGAAAAACCUUAUGAAUGUGAUGAGUGUGGAAAGGCAUAUAUCUCACACUCGAGUUUGAUUAACCAUAAAAGUGUCCACCGUGGGCAGCAACCCUAUAAUUGUGAGUGUGGAAAAUCCUUCAAUUAUAGAUCAGUCCUUGAUCAACACAAAAGAAUCCACACUGGAAAGAAACCGUAUCGGUGUAAUGAGUGUGGGAAGGCUUUCAAUAUUAGAUCAAAUCUCAAUAAGCAUAAAAGAACCCAUGCUGGAGAGGAAUCUUUAUAUGUGACAAAUGUGGGGAGCUCCAGUGGCACCUCGCAGAAGAGGAUUCAUGAGAGAGGGAGUGCUCUGGCCGAGACCAGGAUGAACGUGUCUGUGUAGGAGGCAGGGUUACCCAGCUUCACAGAACUGAGAUGGGAGAAGACCCUUAUGAAUGUAAAGAGUAUUUGAGGUCCUUAUUCAUGGCUUAUAAUGUACUUAGUAUAAUUGAAACCAUGAAUAACCUUUUCUAUGUGAUUUUUGAAUAACAGCCUGUAAGAAAGGCUCCAGUGUCCAGCCCUUAUGGAAUAUAAAAUAGUUCAUUCAUGCUGGGGCCAAAAACCUAUCAAAGGAUUGAGUAAGAAAAAAAAUCUUAAAGAUAAGCAGAAAUUUCUGGACAUACACAGAUGAGGGAAAGACCAAUUAGAAAUCACAUAGGGUCCAUCAGAAAGUUUAUUCUUUGGGUAAAUUCUGUGUAUAAAAAUGUAGAUGAUUUAAGAUAUAGCAUUUAAUCCCAAUUUUACAUGGUCGGUGGAAAAUAUCCAAAAAAGGGCCCCCUACAGGCAAAUUCAGGGAGACACAGGCUUCAGGGAAAUAAAUUUAUUUAAUAGAGUGAUCAUGAAAUAUAAAUUAGGUAUAAUUGAAUGAUUUGAGGUAAUAAUGACAAAUUAUGAAACAAAAUUUGAAGUUUGUUAUAGAAAGUGUAGAUUUAUAAAUCUAACAGGAGAUGGAGAGAGUCGCUCAUAAAAAAUGCAAGCUGAUCAGACUGUACUAUUGUAAUAAUGUGAUAUACUGGUUGAAAGGGUGAAACUUUGUUAAAAUUUCAAAAAUCCCCUCAACGAACAAUAAGUGUGAUGAGUGAAUACCUCACACAUUACGCUACAAAUAAAAGAUUUUAUUGUAGAAAUUUAGCAUAUUCAGUAAGUAUUCUUCAACAUGAAUUUGCACCUUGCAUACACACACACAACCUGAUUAAUCGAUUCUUAUGAAAAAGAAUGCUGAGAAAGGCCAUUUUAUUGCAGGAACUAAAAAGAUAGGUAGCUACCAGUAAUUGAAGGACAGGAGGAAAUUUAUGCUUCUUAAUUGUGUUUAGUGUUUGAUUGUUCUGAAAUGUGCUCUUGUUAAGAUUUCAUGUAUUGUCUGUUGUAAAAUGUUAUGAAUAUUUUGUUCAGGGCUCACUCUCUUGGCUGUGAAGAGCCAGAUAGUAGUGGAGAGGUAAGGUGGAACGCCAAUAAAGACAUUCCUCAAAAGUAAACAGGCUGUAACAUCUUUAGAUGCAGCAAUAUGCAGUGAAAGCCAUUCAUAUAUCACAUCUCUCUGUAGUAUAAGUUAUACCAGAUCCAAACCAGGGAGGACAGCAGGGAACUCUCCCCACAGGGCUAGAUCUCAGAUUUCAUGAGAAAUUAGGUGGUGUCUACAUCAGAAGAGAUGCAAAAUGGAUUAAUCCUCAUUGGAACUGGGUCAUAAUCCCUUGGAAUGGACCAACUCUAUGAAUGAUUAGUCACCACAUAGAAACAGUUGUGUUGGGAACAGAUAGAAUUUAACAAAACACUGUUCACUCUGUUUAAAGCUGUUAAGUAGGUAAUUCAAAAAGAGGUUUCUGAUAGUUAAGUAACCUGCCCAAGAAUACUCUGGGUGGGGCCUAACAGUCGACUGAAUUCUACAAUUCAGAUUUCUCUGGGAUUCCAUUCUUUGACCAGUUUCCAGACCUCUCUCUAGAAGUUUAAUUCUUUCACUUUGUAUCCAAAUCCCAACUACUAAUUUUUGUAAGUGAUGCAAAGUGAAGGGGGUUGGCAUCAAGAGAGAGGGAAUGAGCAUUAUCCUCUGCAUGCCACACUGGCAAACCUGGCCCUGUCCACAGACUUGGAUUAAUUUACUCCACAAAUUCUUGGGGAUCUGCUAGCUGCAUCCAUUUUUCUAGGCAUUGGGCAUUAGAAGUAGAUAAAGGACAGAUAAGGGAGAAAGGCCACAAGUAAAGUUCCUGAUCUGGGUUUUCAGAGGAAGAUGACCACCUUCUGGGAAGAGUGAGACAGUGGUGACUGGUGACAGCAUAUUGAGUUGGGGGUAUUAAGAAAGGAUGGGAAUAGGAUGUUCUCAUCAGAGGCACCAUGGAGAGGAUUCAUGCACCCUGCAGAGUGUCCAGUACCUGGCAGGACGUAUUCAGUGGAUAGAAAGGCAAGCUCUGGAGUGUUGAUUCCCAGUAGUUACCAAGCAUUGAUGGGCCCCUCAUUUGCUGCAGGCAAGACCAUCUCUAACUGUUUUAGACAAGUUAACCUCAAGUUGGUGUGGCUGUGACUCAAGGUUCCCCACAUACACACUACUUGAGUCCCACCUGUACUUACUGCACUGCCCACUUGCAGGAGAGACAAGUUAAAUAACAAGGAGAAGAACUACCACAUGAAUGGGGGUUCUAAGUGUCCUUAACCUUUGAACACUAGGACAUGCUCCUUAACAAGCCUCAAAUGACUCAGAUGCACAGAUAAUGAAUCAUAGGGCCUCCCAUCUGCCUAGAGCCAGAUCUAUGUCCCUCAGACUGGUACCAGACACAAAGGAUGUUUGUUAUCUCCAGCCACUCCAGGGGAACUUCUAGAGCAGAUCCCAUGAACUGAUGUGGCUGCGCCUCUUCAGGCCCAUUUAAGGACUUGAGCUCAUUUCCAAAUCUCCACCCCCAUCCCCUUCUAGAGAACGAAAGUUGCAACAUGCAGGUAAAUAAAAAUAACUUUAAAAAAUCAGUGACUUACCUUUUUUAUACAAGGCUAAAUAUAAAAGAUAAUAGUAAUGGUGAGUAAGUUGGAAGCUGGAAGGCCUAUAUCAAAGCAAGGAGAGGAUUGAGUUGCUGUUUAGUUUCAGAUUUUAUUAUAUAUGUAUGGUAAAUUGUUGCAAGCAAGCACUAGUAUAUAAAUCUAAAAAUCUGAACUAGAACAUCUCGAAUCUAGAAAAGAGAAAAACAACCACUGAAAAGUUGAAAUAAUACUUUGUCUCUGGUAAAGGUAGGCUGUUUGGGUCAAUUUCCCACCAAAAACAAUGAAAAAUACUAUGUUUAAGUAUAUAGAUAGUAUAUCUUCCCUUUUAAGAAAGUAAAAAGACAGCACAGUUCAACAAUGCCAACUUGUCAUCAGAGACAUGAACAACUGGCAGCUUAUACCCAAGUCUGCUGAUGCUAUACUUCUCCAGUCACAGAGAAGGAGAGAAACAGGUCAGGGCCAGGUCCACCCAAAGUGUGAUGAAUCUUAUAGGAGACCUUUCCAAAGCUGAGCUGUGUUCCCAAAGUAGUACAUCCUCAAGACAAGAUAAAGCAGAUUAAAAUCCAUUCCCUUCCCUCAAUCCCUCAUAGGCGACUAGAGAGAGCAGCUUUGUCACUAAGCAUAGCAGUAGAAGAAAAAUAAGACAUUUGUGGCAUGCUGUGGCCACUCACCAGCCCUUGCAUCCCAGGCAAAAACAACACAAGACUUGGCAGAAGCAAACAAAAGCUCCUUGGAAAAAGACUUCUUUAACCUAAAACUCAGUUAAUCCUUGUGAAUAAUUAUUAGGGACAGAAAUCAGCAAGCAGAGAUAAUCAAAUAUGUAAGAUAAAAGUAAACAUGACUGGAAACUAGUAGGACAGGCCCACAUAAACAUCACAUACUGAAUUAUGUGGUUACGUUGCAAAAGCAAUUGCCCUUAAAUUUAAAGAAUGUGAUACAGGAGAAAAGAGAUUUGAUGAACUGAAAGAUAUGGUUGAAUUUAUUCAGAAUAGUGCCUAAAGAUAAAAAAAUAUGAGAAAAUAAUGGGAACUUUUCAUCGAAAAGUUUAAGCAAUUUAACCAUGAUUUCUGAAGAUGAGAAGAAAAGGGGCAAACAAAAUGGGGUUCAGUUUUUUUUUUUUUUCAGAACUGAUGAAAAGCACAGAUUUAAAAGCCAAAAAUACAACUUAAGAUAAACUUAUGAAAUCAUACACUGUGUUUGCCUAAUAUCUUCAGGCAAAAAAAUUACCUUCAAAUGAACAAUAAUUAGACUUCUCAAAAAUUGAACAACAAAAACUGAAGCCAAGGCAGCAUAAUGAAAUUGUCAGUAUAAACGUAUAAUUGUCAGUAUAAAAUAACUGUGAAACUAGAAUUUUGCACCCAUGAAAACAUCUUUCAAAAAUGAGGACGAAAUAAACACAUUACAAAACAUGAUUCAUUUCCUAUUGACCUUCGCUAUAGGAAAUGUGAAAGAAUCCAUUUGAAUAGAGAAAGUGGUCCUAAGUGGGGUUCUGAGAUGCAAAAAGAAAUGAAGAGCAAAGAGUAAAAAAUUUGUGGGUAAAUGUAACUGAACAUUUUAUACCAAACAAUAAAAAUCUGGAGUUAAUAAAUGAAUUUAAAAUACCAGACAACAAUAAUAUGUAAGUCAAGAGAAAAAAAGAAUUAAGAUAUGAGAUAAAGGUUUUGAUUAAUCUCAUACACAUUGUAACAUUUAGAGGUAAUAUGAGAAUAGAACAUAACAAUUUCAGUAGUAGAGAAAAAAAUGAAUUUUUUUAAAAUCAAAAAGGGUAGUAAAAAAUGGGUGAGACAAAAAUUUAGAUCUUAAGCAAAAAAAAUAUUGUCUACAAUGAAAUUAAAUUGGUUACAAUCAAAUUGUAUUUGAUUUAAUUUCAUUAAAUGACAAAGAUUAUCAUUGUGUUACACAGAACUGCCAUAACAAAAUAGCACAGACUGGGUGGCUUAUAAAUAACAGAACAUACUCUCACAGUUAUGGUGGCUGCAAGUCCAAGAUUACAGCAGUUAGAGAUCAGCGUGGCUGGAUGAGGCUCUUUCAGGUCACAAAUGUCUCAUUGUAUUCUCACAUGUCAGAAGGGGUUGGGGAGUACAUGAGAACACCAUGAGGGGGUUCCACCCUCAGGACCUGAUCAUCCCCCAAAGGCCCCACAUAAUAUUACUCUGGGCAUUAGCAUUCCAAAAACAUGAAUUCCAGGACGACCUGAAUGUUUAUAUUCAGGACAAUGUACUUCUUACAAGACACUCACCCUAAAUAAGGACACACAUAGUUUGAAAGUAAAAGAAUGGAAAGGAGUUAUAUGAAACAAAUAGUAAAAGAAUAUUCACGUCACUCUAUUAACAUUAUGGGAAUAAAGAUUUUAAGACACAAAUCUUUCUUAGACAUAAAGUAAUUGCGUUAAGACGGAAGGCUUAGGGAAGAGAAAACACAAAAUAUUAAGCUGUUUUAUACCUCAAUAGCUGACAACUAUUUACACAACUCAGGAUUGUCUAUAAUUGUGAUGGGAGAUUUUUGACACCUUUCAGUAAUUAAUAGACCAGACUUUAAAUUAGUAUAUCUACAGAUUUAAGCAAUAUGAUGAACAAGCCAUCUAAUGAGUAUAUAGUUGAACUUUGAACAACACAGAUUUGAACUGUGUUGCAGAUUUUCUCAUAAACAAAUGAGGUAAAUUUUCAGUGUCUAUAAAUGCAGUACAGUACUAUAAAUAUUUUCUUUGAGUCUCAAUUUUUUUCAAGCACAUUAAAAGCUUAAAAAUUGACCUACACAAUAUUAAAUGUCAAUUAUAUCUCAAUAAAAUGGGUGAGGAAAUAUACUUAAUCAUAAAGAAAUCUCAACAAAUGUUUUUAAAGAAUUGAAAUCACAAAGAAUAGACUCCUUAUGCAAUCUAAUAAAUUUUAGGAAAGAUACCUAGGAUACCCCAUUGUAUGCAGAAAUUUAUAAAUAUAAUUCUUAAUUGUGGAUUAAAAAAUAGCUUGAACUGAGUGAUAGAGAAUAUGUCAAGACCGGUAGAGAUUGCUCAAGCCAUGUGAGAAAUUUACAUCCUAAAAAAUAAAAACACCUGAUAAUCUCCUAGGCACCAUCUCACAGAGAACAAAACAAAUCUCAAAAAAGGAUGAAAUAAGGAAAUACAAGGCAGAAAUGAAUGAAAUAGAAACAUACACUAUAGAAGAUCAACAAAGCCAACUGGUAUUUGUGUGUGCAUUUUUUGGAAGACUGAUAAAGUUGACAAACCUCAGUUCAGCCUUGAGGUUAAGGAGGGAAAAAUUGCAACCAGUCAGAGACAUGGAGGGCAUAAAAUUUCCUUACUUGAACAUACAUUGACCUUGCUCCUGAUACUGAGUGAAUAAUCCAUUUCCUGAUACUGGGAGAAUAACCCACUUCCGCAGUCAAUAGAUUGAGGACAAGACUAAGAUAAGUCAAAUCACAAGCAUUUCUGAAGACUGCUGUAACUUUCCCAGGCCAAAGCCCAGCAAGUGUCAGAGGGGACUGCGCCUUUUGUUUCCCCUGUAAAUCCUCUCACCCCUCAUGUUUGGAGAAACAGGAGACCUUCUGUUAUAACAGUUUGAAUGAAACACUCAUUCCUUUAUAGCUGAAUUUCAAGAGACUCUAAAAGUCUGAUGUUAUAAUGCUAUUACACUUAUUGAAACAAUAAGAUAUCACAAUUUGGGGGCAAUUAAUUAGAAAUUUUAGGUGAAAUGAGAAAAUUUCUAGAAAAAUGAAGCUUUGUACUAAAUGUCUCACAGCUUUUGGAUCUGAGGAGUAUAAUAAGUCUAUGGGCUAAGUUCAAUUCUUAGGAAAUUCAAAGGAGGAAGUUGAUGACGAUGGCGGGGGGUGGUGUGGGCAGGAAGAAGGGAUGUGAUGCCAGAAAAAGAAAACCUUAACAGUGUAUUUGGGGGCUUCCCUGUUGGUGCAAGGGGUUAAGACGCAACCUGUGAAGCUAUCUGCAGCCACUGCAUCACUUGUUCCAACCCCAGCCGGCCAGGGGGCUACCCACAUGGUGCAGCAGACCUCUCCUGACUCGCCCGCUGCUCCCUUCAGCAGUGUAUUUCAGUCAGUCUGCCUAUUCUGUUCCCCACUCUGUCCCUGGUGAAUCCUCUCACCCCCCCCACCUCUGGCCUGUACCCCAGUUCUUGCAUGCAUAAAUAAAUCUUUAAAAAAAAAGUGUAUUUGGAAAAGACUUCCAUGGCAGUACAUAUUCUAUUAGCAAAUGUGUAUGGAAGUGGAAGGCUGAAAACAUAUGUGACUAGAGACUCUAGAAGUGAAAUGGCACUGAAUACUAGUCAUACAAUAUAAGGGAACUUUUCCCUUAUGGCAUUCAAAAGUCCGAGAGGGUUUCCUCUCUCAUGAUCAAUUAGCUAACGAGCACCAGUGAGGAUCUGAAGUCAGUCCCCCAAGGGACACACAUAGUUGUUCCUGUCUGGGAACCUCUUGCCUCUUCCCCAGCUGAACACCUGGCCUGACAUGGAGAAAGAAGUCAGAUACUUUAACUUACUUUUUUCCCCCGAGUGUGCCAAUUUAGGCAUGGCAAUUCUCAGGCUGAGGUGGGAUGCUCGGGAAGGACCUGGUAUGAAGCACAUGUAAAGAGGUGAUACAGUCACGGCAAGGGCACAGUGUCUCCCCAUGAAACCUAGGUUCAGAUGAUGGCUCUUUCACUUAUUCCUAGGUGACUUUAGGAAAGAACUGGUUUUUAUGCUCCUAUUUUUCAUCUGCUUCUUGGGAUAAUAAUAGAGUGGCCUCCUCAUAGAUUGUAAUGUAGAUUGGAGAAGUUUGUGUCAUUAGAGCCCUUGGAAUGUGCCUGGGAGAAGGGUUUGUAUAAUGGCGUGUGAUAUAAGUCUGGCAUUUGGAUGCCCCUGUCCCAGGAUGCGGGUAUCUGGACAUUCAGGCAAUGCAAGGCAGCCCUGUCUAAAGAUCAGGAAUAUCCCCCAAGGACAGGAAUCCCACACAGAUGCAACUUGAGACUUAAGAAAAAAUGAAUCUGGGCCUCCCCGGCGGCGCAGUGGUUGAGCGCUGGGCUGCGAGGCUGCCCACAGCCUCUGCAGCGCCAGUUCAAUCCCCGGCUGCCAGCGAGGGUCCCACAUGGCGCGCAGACCUCUCCUGCUGCGCCCGCUGCUCCCCUCAGCAGUGUACCUUGAUCCUUCUGCCUGUUCUGCUCCCUGCUCUGGCUCUGGUGAAUUCUCUCACCCUCCCACGCUUCUGACUAUACCUAGUGCUUGUAUAAAUAAAUAAAUAAAUCUUUAAAAAAAAAAAAAGAAAAAAUGAAUCUGUAAAUAUAGUUACUCAGUGGUAUCUUGCUUCCAAAGCAAGCAAUCCAUUGUUUCUCAGCAAACAUGCUUUGCUUUAUCAUUCUGGAAAAUGAGUCAGCAGCCAAAGGAGCCUUGGGCUGUAGUCCAGUGACUGAGAGUCUUGGUGGUACGAGGCUGUUUCACUCUUGCCCCUUCAGGCUGGACAGCCUGCCCACUCAUCCUGUGUGUGCUUCUCCACCCCCUCCCUAAGGUCUCCCAUGUUUUCCUGGCAGUGAAUACUGAAGAUUAUUGAAAGAAGGGCUAGUGGGAGCCAGGCUUCCACUGACUUAACCAGGGUUGUUGUGGACCAGUGUCUCCUAAGAUCUCAGAGGAUAAGAGGAUGAAAUCCAAGAGGAGGGCAGAAGUUCCUCUGGUCUUGGAUGUAAAACUCAGGGCCAAUAUUAAAGUGAAUAUGCAAUAAUUAUGAAUGUGUUUCUUUCCUGUUUAUAAUUUCCCAUCAAGUGAAAGAAAAGAACCAACUCACAAGGUUUCUUUCAGGAUUAGUAAAAUCAACUUUAUUUUAUAAAGCUGUACAAACAUUUGUGUUAAAUCAACUAAUCAACCAACUUGUUUUUUAAAUUUAAAGAAAGGAAAUAAUGAAGAGCAAAAGUUAAUGAAACAAAACACAAUAGAAUAUUAAAAUUGGCAAGCCUCUGAUGUGAGAAGAAUAGAAAGCACAAAUAAUUAAAAUUAGCAAUGAAAAUUGGGAUCACAACAGAUCACAGGUUGUUUAGAAGUAUUUUUUAAUUUCCAAACAUUCAGGGACUUCCUAUUUAUUUUUUCCUAUUUAUUAUUGCACUGUGGUCAGAAAGCAUAUUUUAUGUGAUAGCUAGCCUUUGAAAUUUUUUGAGAUUUGCUUAUGGUCCAGCAUAUGUUUGACUUUAGUGAAGAUUCCAUGAACUCUUGAGAAGAACACAUGUCCUGUCAAUGCCAGAUGCAGUUGUCUAGAUAAAGCCAUUAUCUCACACUUGAAAUGUAUUCAUCAAAUCUUGAAUUUUUAUCUGCUUGUUCUGUCAAUUAAUGAGGCAAUUGGGCCUUCCCUGUGGCACAGUGGGUUGAGCGCAGUGCUGUGAAGCUGUCCGCAGCCUCCAUGGCGCUGGUGCAAUUCCUGGCCUGCCAGGGAGAUUCCCACAUGGCGCAGCAGACCUCUCCUGUCUUGCCCGUUUCUCCCCUCAGCAGUGUAUUUCAGUCCUUCUGCCUGUUCUGCUCCCUGCUCUGUCUCCGGUGGAUUCUCUCACUGUCCCAUGCUUCUGGCCUGUGCCCCAGUGCUUGUAUAAAUAAAGAAAUCUUUAAAAAAAAUUAAUGAGGCAAUUGCUAAGUUAUCCAUUUCUUUUUAUGUAUUGGAGGUCACAUCAAUAGGUGCUGAAAGAAGAGAAUUGUCCUAUCUUCCUAGUGAACUAAACUUUAAAAAGUGAAGGCCAACUAUAGUACUUCCUUUUACUUACUUGAAGUCUGUAUUUUCUGGAAUUAAUAACAUUGGCUUCUUUUUUAUUAUUGCCACAUAGCUUAUGUCUUUCCAUUCUUUUACUCUAACCUUUCUGUAUCUUUGUCUCAGAUAGGCCUCUGGACACACAUAUAUAGUUUUUCUGGUGUUACUUUUUACUCCAGCCUGAUGACUUCUUUUGACAGAAGCAUUAGGCCAUCUGUUAUAUAGUUUCUGACAUAUUUGUCUUAAGUCUUAUCCACUGUUUUAGUUGUUUACCACAACUGAUUUUAAGUUCUGUUUAUCUCUUUUCUUGCCUUCUUUCAAAUUGGAUUAGAAUUAUUAUUAGAAUUCUCUUACAAUUAUUCUACUUCCCCCUACUGGUUUGG